AGAAACAAAGUUUAUAUAUAGUCAAUUCUUAAACAUUACGUGGAGACAAGAGGAAUCAUAAUCAUGGCUUUUGUAGUAACCGGUCGUAACGUUUUCACUCCUGCCUUCCUUUUUGUUAUUUUUACAUUUUUAUUGGAUAGCAUCUAUAGUUCAAAAUUCGACUAUGAUUUUGUUACAUGUGGGUCUGCAUUAAAAAUUUUAAACACAGCUCACAAUGCCAGAUUACAUUCCCAUGAUGUUAAAUAUGGAUCAGGCAGUGGCCAGCAGUCAGUAACAGGAGUUGACUCUUCUGAUGAUCACAACAGCUAUUGGCAAGUGAUGGCUAAGACAGGUGCACUUUGCACUAGGGGAAACCCUGUUAAAUGUGGUCAAACAAUAAGGCUUAUGCAUGUCGCAACCAAACGAAAUUUACACAGCCACCAUUUUCAGUCACCCCUUUCACAUAAUUUAGAAGUGAGUGCCUUUGGGGAGAAUGGCGAAGGAGAUGAAGGAGACAAUUGGGUAAUUGUUUGCAAUGGUAAAUACUGGAGUAGAAAUGAAAGAGUCAGAUUUAAGCAUGUCACCACAGAAUACUAUUUACACAUGUCUGGAGACACCUAUGGACGUCCCAUUCAUGGCCAAAGAGAAAUUAGUGCCUAUUCAGGCAUUAGUGACCUUAACUCAUGGCAGGCUGCAGAAGGCAUCUACAUUAAACCCACGCAGACAAAAUCUCGUACCUCUGUUGGUGAAGAUAAUGAUGAUGACAGUGAUGACGAUAAUGAAGACAAUGCUAAAGAUAUUCCUCAUGAUGAAUUUUAACCCUAUAAAGUCUAGAUUUAAGUUAACGUUUCAAUGGCUUUGUUUUUUAAAAUGUUUAUCUUAACAAGCAGCUCGAUGUCAUUGUAUUAUUAUUAUUCCUAUGUUUAUAUUUAGCUUUUUUAAAUUGAAAAUGAACCUAAAAAUUAUAAAGACAACUAUAUGCCCUAUUAGUGUGUUUUGUCUAAAUAAUUGGAAUUCUUGGAACAUUUUAUUAUCUAAUUCACUUAAGCCCCAUUAGCUUUGCCUCUUCUUUACCUUAAUGUGAUAUAUAUAUAUUUCGCCCAUCCUUAAAAUGAAAAUAACUUAAAACUAUCAGAUAAUGCAACACUGUAAACCUAACAUGGCUAUACCUAGAAAUUUCACAUAUUUCUUGAUUUUUGCUGACUUCCUAGCUACAUUAGCUACAGGUUAUCAUUAAAAUUGUCAUGUGAGGAAGUAGUGCUGUGGACCUCCACCCUGAAAUUGUACUUUUUGUAUGUAUUUUUGUGGCACUAGUAAUAUCCCUUAGAUUAUCUAUAUCGUCAAAAAUUAUUAUACCACCUGAAAAAAAAAACAUACUUGUAAUUGUGAUGUAUAUUCAUUUCUCAAAUCUCACAUCAAGAUGUUAGUCUGGUUGGGUGUGCUUAUUGUUGAGCUGAAUGGAUGAAAUCAAAGCAUGGGUACACUUUGUUCAUAUGAUAUCUGGUGCUUUGCUGCAAAAUGUCAAAAUGUAUGCUUCCCAAUGCAGUUUUUGUAUGGACUGAAAGACACACAUUAUUAAGGUGUCUGUGCACAUUACCCACCAGCACUGUAUAACUGGAGCUAGGGAUCUUAAAUAUUUACAACCACUUAACAAUGUGGCGUAUUUCUUUCUGUGCCAGAUAUGUUUCAGUUUUGUGACCAGAACAAAAGACAUUAAAUUAUUAAUUAGUUAAUACAAUGUUAACUGUGUUCUUUUCCAUAUUUAAAAGGUCAGAGUUCAUCUGUUCUUUCUAACUUUAAAUGUUGUUUUUUUUUUUUUUUCUACUUUGCGGAUUAGUUUUACUUCAAAACUUAAUUAUUAAUCUAAGUGCUUUGUUUUUUAUACAAUGAUUAUUCCUUUAAUUUUAUUUCUAAAAAGUAUGUUUUUAAUUGCUGAUUGCUAUGAACUGAAUGUUUGACAUGAUUGGGAAAUAGUAGUGUGAAAAUACUAAGAUUGGUUUAGAAUGAAUGGCACUGGGGGUGUCACGGCCUGAUUAUCAGAUGAAAAUAUAAAGUUCUUUGUCAAUGUUGUAUUUUGGAAUUAAAGAAAUAAGGGAGUGGUACGGUUAUUCUUAACUGUUGGCAACAUUUUUUCUGAUUUUUUUUUAUGCAAAUCUUUUUGGUCAUCUAUGCUUGUAUUUUGUAUAUUUGCUUUUGAUACACAUCCAUUAACUAAUGUCAAACCUUAUCUUAACAAGCUUACUUGUUCUUUGUCUGACACUUUAAGUAUUAUUAUGAAGCUUAUU